AUGAGUAUUGGCAACGGAAUAAUCAAUCAAACGAUGCAUCAUCGAGUCCAAAUGCCUAAAACAUAUUACGUGCCUUCAACAGAUGUCGUGACAACAAUUGUCCUACCAACAAUUCUGUUUUGUAUCGCUAUGGUAAUCGCGAUGAUCAUCGGAAUAAACAAAUGUAAACAAUGGGAAUUGGAUAAAAUUGUUGAAAUGAGACGUACGCGACGUGUGGUACAGAGGAUAACAGCACGAUUACGUGAGAAAAAUUUCCGAACUAUACAAAAAGCUCGCAGUAUGCGACAACGAAAAAAAGAGCUAUUCAAAGCGAAAUCAAGCAACCAGAUGAACGACUUAAUGGUAACUAACAACACAUCUCCACCAACUUACUCCAUAAAUCCGCCUACACAGUACGGUACUUCGCCGCCGCCUAGCUAUGAGGAUGCACUUUUGGAUGAAUUUUUCAAUGAAUGUCGACCAAUACGGUACUAA